AUGAUUGAAGAUCUGGAUGGUGUGAUUAACAUUGUGGAUGAUUUGCUGGUUUGGGGUGAAACAGUACAAGAGCAUGAUGACAGACUGAGAAAACUGCUCCAGAGAGCAAUGAAAUGUCAGAUCAGAACUUCACAAAUCAAAUAUAUUUGUCAUGUACCGACAGCAGAAGGACUGAAACCUGAUGAAGAGAAGGUGAGAGCUGUUGUUCAGUUACCUCCACCAGAAGACAAACAAGCUCUUCAAAGAUUUCUAGGUGUGCUGCAAUGUCUUUCCAAGUUUAUCCCCAACUUGUCGGAAGUAAGUGCUCCACUCAGACAGCUGCUGGAGAAUGAUGCCGAAUGGUUCUGGGGAAAUGAGCAAGAGAAAAGCUUUCAGAAACUCAAAGCUCUAGCAACAAAUUCGGCAACAUUGAAAUACUAUGAUGUCAACAAUCCGUUAACAUUGUCAGUAGAUGCCAGCUCUGAGGGCAUGGGGUUGGGUACUGAAACCCCCGGCGCAUAUGACAACAGAGAUGCUGGAAGGAGGAAGAGGAGAUUUUGGAGAAAGUUUUGGAGGAAAGGUCGCAGAUCAGCUCAGGAUGAAAGAGAAGAGCACACAAUACAGCAAAAUACACCUGCGUCAUCAACCGCUGAUGCACGCGACCAUUCACCUCGACCAGCGGCUGAUAUUCAUGAUGAAAACAGAGACGAGGGGAAGAAAAAGAAGAAGAAGAGGAGGUUUUGGAAGAGGUUGUGGAGAAAAAUUCGCAGAGGAGCUCGAAGUGAUAGAGAAGAGUCUGACAGAAGUCCUGAAGAUCAGAUUCAGAACAAUCUGGAAACUCCUGAACUCCUGAAUGAGGACGUGAAUGUGAUUUAUGAAAUCAACUCCUCUCAGUAUGAGAUAGGUAAAGAGCUGAAUACAGCAGGAAAUAGAUCCGUCUAUGAAGCGACCCGUGUGAGCGACGGCCUUAAGGUGGCAGUGAAGUUUGUCCGGGACAUGUCUCCUGAUUUGAUUUCCAUUCCCGGUCAUCCUUUCGUCCUUCAACGAGAGAUCGGUCUUCAUAUGCUCGCCAAUGAAGGGGAACACGUUCCUGAGAUCAUCCGGCUUUUGGACUGCAGACGAGGACAAAUCUCUGAGGAUUUAGCUCGGAUCAUCAUGUGGCAGGCGGCCAAGGCUGUUACUGAAUGUUUCAAACGGGGAGUUUUCCACAUGGACUUCAUACUGGAAAACUUCCUGAUUAACACCGAAACAUUGAAUGUCAAACUCAUUGACUUUGCCAAUGGCGACCUGCUCAAAGAAACUUGCAAAUUACUCCGGACACCGAAUUACUGGUGUCCGGAGUUGGAGGAGGUGGGCGAGUAUCACGCGUUGCCGGCGACAGUCUGGUCACUUGGCCUGAUGCUGUAUGUAAUGAUGUUCUGGGCUCUUCCUUGCAUAAUCACCCGGGAGCAGAUCAACAACCAAGAGUGGGAAAAAGACGAUUUGAGCACGGAAUUCUGCAGGUUUAUUAACGAUUGCCUGCAGGACGAUCCACAUCAACGGAUUCAGCUAAAAGACGUCCUGCUUCAUGAGUGGUUUCAGGUCAGCGGUGUGGAGAUGAUUGACAGCCAUUUCGAGGGGGUGUCUGGAGAUCAGAUGCAGGAAACUCCUGAACUCCUGACGGAGGCCGGAGACCUGCUGACUUCACAUCACUCCUCUGUGUCUGACUCCAGCGAUGAAGGAUUCUGCACACCAGCUCUUUCUCUGUUUGACUUGUAUGUCAACGUCCCCCGGCGUACAGUCUCUUCGGGGUCCGACUCAGAAAGUGUUGACAGCUUUCACACCGCUGUCUGUUCUGUGACGGACCUGCUGCAGAAUAAUGAGGACGGGAAUGUGAUUUAUGAAAUCAACUUCUGUCAGUAUAAGAUGGGUAAAAAGCUGGGUGAAGGAGGAUUUGGAUCCGAGUAUGAAGCGACCCGUGUGAGCGACGGCCUUAAGGUGGCAGUGAAAAUUGUCAGGCCCGGCGGGUAUUCUGAUCGUAUUUGCAUACCCGGUCAUCCUAACCCCCUUCCACGAGAGAUCGCUCUUCAUGUCCUCGCCAAUGAAGGUGUUUAUUUUUCUGAGAUCAUCCUGCUUUUGGACUGGGAGGAGCGUGAUGACAAAUACAUCAUGGUCCUCGAGCAUCCUUCUCCCUGCAUGGACUUAAGUGAAUUUAUUGAAUGCCAUGGAGGAGCCAUCACAGAGGACUUAGCCAAGAGCAUCAUGCGGCAGGCGAUCCAGGCUGCUAUUGAAUGUUUCAAACGGGGAGUUUUCCACAGGGACAUUAAACUGGAAAACUUCCUGAUUAACACUGAAACAUUUGAGGUCAAACUCAUCGACUUUGGCUGUGGCGAUCUCUUAAAAAAAACAAGUUACACAACAUUGACGGGCACAUGGGCAUACUGCUGCCCUGAGAUGCUCAAAACAGACAGGUAUCACGCAUUGCCGGCGACGGUGUGGUCACUCGGCUUGAUGUUGUACAGAUUGGUGUGCGGGAAACUUCCAGAAAAAUACAUCUUGUACUGGAUCAAUGACAAAAAUUGGUACAGAGAUGACUUGAGCAAAGAAUGCUGCAGGUUUAUUAACGCUUGCCUGCAGUAAGAUCCAGGUCAACGGAUUCAGAUAAAAGACAUCCUUUUUCAUGAGUGGUUUCAGGUCAAAGGUAUGUGA